UAAUAUAUAAGGACAUCAAUUAUAAAACGGGUAAAGGACAAAUAGGUCCCCGCACUUUUAAAUCGUGGACUUUUAACUCCCUCAGGAUUGGAAAAUACAAAACAACCAUUGACUAAUCAAAACGCCGUACAAAUGAGUCCUCCCGUUCAAUUUGGUCCCCAACACAUAACGGAUUCUGUUUACCUGGCACUUAUGUGGCAUGGAAAUGUGCACGUCUCUUCAGGAUGGUGUGAACGGGACUGACGUGGUCACGUGGAGAAAGUAAUGGGACAUUGUAGUCCUUGGGCACUCGGACGACAUCGUUUUUGUUGUGUGCCCUAUGUCUUCAAAUGGAAUCCUGUCGCCAUAGCCGUUGUGAUUUCUGUGAAAGGUUGGGGGGAGGGUGGUACUGCGUAGUGUUAAAUGGCCAGCGAUGGAGCUUCAUCCACCGCAAGACGCGUUCCACUACCGUCGACCGUGAAAUGCGUUGAAGCUGCAGAGGAGAAAGACGACAUUGCUCCGACGUGUAAAUGUGGAGUGUACAUCAUAUUGUACAAAUCGAGGACGACGACGAACCCCAAUAGAUUGUUCUUUGGAUGUCCAUUUUUUAAGCUGAAAAAUUCCAGUCACUGCAAGUUCUUCUUAUGGCUGGAUGACCAUGUUUCAACAGUAAGAGUUCUGGACAAGUUUAUGACUGAGAACGAGGUUGAUGAUCUAAAAGUGUAUCUUGGGAAGAAGGUAGUGGAACAGAGACUCACUGAUUUGGAGAAGAAGCUGUUGCAUCUAGAGAGGAAGAAAAAUGUUAAUUUGUAUUUGCUUAUUGUUGUUGUGGUUAGUGUAAUUUUGGGUUCUAUUGUUGCCAAACUUGGCUGAAAAGUGAAAAAGCAGUUUAAAUUAUGCUUUUGGAACACAAGUGUUAUAUUAAAUUAUCCUUUGAUGAAUGAUGAUAUGCUGUUGCUGUAACAUCUUGUAGUUGGGUGGAUAUAUGUAAUAUCAUGU